AUGACCCGUGGGUUCAAGGACAAGCUGGGUGAGGGAGGCUAUGGAUCUGUGUUCAAAGGGAAAUUACGAAGUGGCCGUUUUGCAGCUAUUAAGAUGUUAGGCAAGCCAAAAGCUAACGGGCAAGAGUUUAUCAGUGAAGUAGCUACAAUUGGUCGGAUUCACCAUGUUAAUGUGGUGCAACUUGUUGGUUAUUGCGCUGAGGGAUCAAAGCGUGCUCUAGUAUAUGACUUCAUGCCAAAUGGGUCUCUUGAUAAGUACAUUUAUUCUAAAGAUGAAAGUAUCCCCUUAAAUUGCAAAAAGGCAUUUGAGAUUUCUCUUGGAGUGGCUCGAGGGAUCAAAUAUCUACAUGAAGGUUGUGACAUGCAAAUUUUACAUUUUGACAUCAAGCCCCACAAUAUUCUUCUCGACGGGAAUUUCAUCCCAAAGAUUUCUGACUUUGGGCUUGCAAAAUUAUAUCCAGUGGAUAAUAGCAUUGUCUCUUUGACAGCAGCAAGAGGAACAAUGGGAUACAUGGCUCCUGAGCUAUUCUACAAGAAUAUUGGGGGUGUUUCGUUUAAAGCUGAUGUUUAUAGUUUGGAAUGUUGUUGA